GACGUCUUGGGCUUCGCCAUCUUUGGUCUCGCAGCUGUAAUUUGCUUCGGUUUCUCCGCCGCAUUUCACACGCUUCACGCUCACUCGUGCGACGUCUCAAAGCGAGCCAAUGCUUUGGACUACAUUGGCAUCGUCGUAAUGAUUUGGGGAUCUUUUCUGCCAGGUCUUCACUACGGCUUUCAGUGCCACCCGAAGCUUCAAGCAUUUUACGCGAGCAUGAUCACGGUUCUGUCCACCUUCGCUGGUGCAGUGGUCUUGUUACCCAAAUUCAAGACACCUGCCUAUCGGCCAUGGCGGACAUCUGUUUUCAUACUCCUAGGUUUGAGUGCCGUCUUUCCCGUCGCGCACGCAUGGGCUCUCUACGGCAUCGAGAUCCUUGCACGAACGAUGGGAAUAUAUUGGUUGAUAGCGAGUGGGGCCAUGUAUAUCAUCGGGGCUCUCCUAUACACUUUGAGGAUACCAGAGAGAUUCGCUCCCGGCAAGUUCGACUACAUUGGAGCAAGUCACCAGAUCUUUCACGUCUUCAUCCUAUUCGCAGCUUUGGCGCAUUAUGUGUGUAUACGAAGAGCGCACAGCUUCUGGAAGGUGGCAGCGUCGCUCUCCACAUCUACCACGCUGGAAGGUGUAUGCAGGGCUCUAGAAGAGUUGUAG